CUCUGAACUUCGUCUCCUCAGUGUACCAGGUUUACCUGCAUCCCACCGAGAUGGCUUUCUCCAGCCUGUGCUAUCCAGAAUGCGGGGUGGCCCGGCCCAGCCCCGUCUCUGGUACCUGCAACGAGCCGUGCGUUCGGCAGUGCCCUGACUCCGAAGUGGUGAUCAGACCCUCCCCGGUUGUGGUGACCCUCCCCGGACCAGUUCUCAGCACCUUCCCUCAGCAGAGCGAAGUGGCAGCCGUAGGAGAACCUGUGGUGGGAGCCGGCUACGGGGGCUCCUUCGCUAACGGGGGAUUGUACGGCUAUGGAGGCCGUUACGGAGGGUUGUUCGGUUAUGGGGGUUAUGGUUAUGGAGGCCGUUACGGUUAUGGGGGCUUAUGGGGCUACCCAGGCUUUUAUGGUAACGGAGGGUACUGGGGCUACCCAGGACGUUAUGCUCACGGGGGAUACUGCGGCUACCCAGGCUUUUAUGGUAACUGGGGGUACUGUGGUUACCCAGGAUAUUAUGGUGGAUUAUGCGGUGGAUACGGGGGAUAUGGCCGCAGGUACCUUGGCGGAUACUGUGGGCCUUGCUAAACCCAGCAGGACAAUCCGUGGCAGACCCAGGCAAUGAACGGCCGGAUACAGAUUCCCCCCUGAGCUUUGGGGCUUGGCUUUCAGACGUGCUGGGCAAACCCGGCUCCAGCUGAGCUCAGUGGGAGCUGUGUGUGCUCAGCCCUGGGUCUGGGAGCCAGGCUGCAUUGCUCCCCUCACGCUUCAUGGCUCCUUCUGCUCCUGCUUUGCCAGCCCCGCGCUGAGUCUCCUCCUGGCCUGUGGGCUCCUUCUGAGUGACACGCAGGCUGCUCCCACCGACCCCGCUGGGUGACGGAAACUGGGGUCUGAGGAAACACCUCAGUAACACAGAUUGUCAUUGUAAGUUCCUGUAUGUGGGGGAGAAAAGAUAUAUUGCUGUCCAGGAGAAAAUCUUGUCUGAAAUGUGCCUCUUUGGGGUGGGUGAUCAGUUGUAGCCCUUCUUAAACUCUGCAAAUACCUUUCUUCCUGUUCUAUUGAAUUCCUUCCUGUGCGUACUGACAAUUCCAUGUGCAUUAAAAACCCUUCUGCAUCAUAA